AUGUUGGCUUUGAUCUCCUUGCUCCUUUUGCUACCGUAUACUUCGGCUGUUUGCAAUGUCCCCCCAGAUUUCUGGUGUGAUAAUCCAAGAAUCGCUUUGGAAUGUACGGGAUCUCUAAACUAUUGUUCCAAUUAUGUGCAAAAUCAAAAGAAUCGAAAAAUGAAAAUCGAAUUAUCAUUUGAGGCAGCUUGCCCUGACUCCAGGAACUUCAUUCAGAGGAUUUAUCCGAGAUUGUUGGCCCAGUCGUUUAUCUAUGAAAAGGUCGACUUCCAGCCAGUGCCUUGGGGUCUUUCAAAGUACGAAGAAGGUAAGAUUAAUCAUAAUACAGCUACCUAAAAAACUUGUUUAUAUUUUGUUUACACCUAUUCAUCUUUAGCAGGUAAAUUGAAAUGUCAUCAUGGAAUUAGAGAGUGCACUGGAAAUCGUCUUUUAACUUGUGUGAUGAAACACCUCAAGGACGACGUAGAACAACGAGAUAAAGUCCUUUUCUGUUUCAUGUCCAAGAUGGAAGACAAGACUUCGGAUCCUAACCUUAACAUGAAACAAUGUUUUGACAAGACCUACAAUAAUAUUUUCACUUCAACUAUCCUGUAUGUUUGCAAAAUUUCGUUGAUUAUUUUUCUAGACCCUGUUCCAAUGGUCCCGAGGCCACAACCAGCCAAAAGUUUGACGAAAUGAGAACUCUGCAGAUUCUGAGGAAACCGCGAUUUGUUCCUUACAUUGCAAUCAACGGAAACUCUCAUCAGCACAUGCAAGCAGCACAGAUAAUGUUACCGGAGAAAGUGAGGUCAUGGACAGAGACUUUGGAGGUAAUAUUGCAAUUAAAAUUAUAAAUGAUGAUAACCGAGGAAGAAUCAUCAUUGGACUUUUCAGAACUUCCCCGUCGCCCCCAUCACCCUUCCCAAUAGAUGUCAGACCCCUCCCGAUUACUGGUGCUCCACUCCAGAAAUCACUUCCACAUGCUUUGACCAAGCCCAGUGUAAUAAUUACUACAACAGCAUCUAUGGUCGCCCAGUUCAUUUCAAAUUCAUCUACAGACAGAGUGACCCCGCAGUAAAAAGCUAUUUCAUCAAUUAUGUGAAGAAACAUUUUGUCAACGACAACACUCUCAGAACCGAAAACAACACUGGCAAAGUGGUAAUUGAUCUAGCUCCUGUCCCUCCCGCUCUCCAUGAAUGUAAAGCCACAAGUUGUGUCGACGGAGCCAUCCAAGAAUGCAUCAUAUCCAGGACAAAUCUGAUUGACAGGAACAACAUCCUCUUGUGUCUUUUGGAGAAUGGACCGGGUGUGGAGCGGGCUUGGAAUGGAUUCUGCAAGAAAUUGGUGACUCCGACAGUAGCGGAGAGCAUCGAGUAAGUGGGUUACAUAAAACUUUAUCGUUGCAAACGGGCCGGCGCGCCGUUCUGUCUGAUUUGAAACGAUCGUUUCUUACUGUAAAUUCCAGCCCUUUCGAGACAAAAUUUAGCAGAUCGGGAAAGUGCUCCUGUUGACGUCAACUCAAGGUUAAUCAAAAAAUUACGAUUAAUCAAAUAACUAUUACAAUCUGACUCCACUCAUUUCAGAAAGUGCUCUCGAUCCGCCGAAUGGUAUCAGUAUGCCCUGAGGCGAGCUACUCUCCAAUCGGUUUACAAAGUUGAUCUCAGACUCCGCGAUUACUACGUAAUUGUAAAUGGAUAUAAUAUUGGCGGUGUCCAGGGACUGAACCACAACUUGCACCGAUUGGUCUGUCUUUGGUACCGAGGACCUGGCCAUGAUCGCGAUAACUGUUAUCGGUGUGACAUUGAGCCUACUCAUUGCAUAUAA